UAAAUAAAGAAGUUAAUGAUACGUCCAGGAUCAUCUAUGAGUAAAGCAAAACAAACAAAAGUUUCUGCUCCAGUAGGUGGAGGCUUGGCUGUAAAAGUAGUUGAAUAAAAAAUGCCAACAUUAGAAGAUUACGUAAAAAAUAGAGAUUGGGUUGGAGCAGUUGCUUUAUUGGAGAAUGAAUAAAAGUAAAUUAAAAUAAUGAAAAAUAAGUUUUAAUGAUUCCCGUGCUGAACCUAAGUUAUGGCUUGCAUAUGCAUAUUUUCACAAUGGAGAUUACAAGUAUGAUUUAAUUUAGUAAUAAAAAAAAAGAAAGGCUAUAUAAGUUUACGAUUAGAUGAUGAACAAACCAGAUUAUAAUAAAGAGAUUCAUGUAUAUAAGGCUUGUUGCUAUUAUGCUCUUUGUUAAUAUGAAGAUUCAAAAAGAGAAUGUUAAAAAGGACCAGAAACUCCUUUGGCUGUCAGAUUGUAUAAAAUUUGAGAUAUUUAGAUAAUUUCAUAUUGCACAUAAGAAGAAUGAUGAGAAGAAUUUGAUGACUUAUCAUCAUAAAAUAUCUGAUAAUGUGCAUGAUUAAUUAUGUUUAGCUGCUAUUCAUUAUUUGAGAGGACAUUAUGAAGAAGUAAAAAUAAAAAAGAUAAAAAUUUUAGGCAACAGAUGCAUACAAAAAGUUAUUGUUAGAGAAUAGAGAAUAUACAGCAAUAAAUGUGUAUGUAGCAUUGUGUUAUUAUAAAAUGGAAUAUUUUGAUGUAUCAAUAGAAAUAUUACAAUCAUAUUUGAAUCAGUAUCCUACUAGUGUAACAGCAGUUAAUUUGAAAGCAUGCAAUUAGUUUUCAUUAUAUAGUGGUAAGGCAGCUGAAGAAAUAAUGAAACCUUUAUAAUAGGCAUAUGAGGGAGGAAACGUAUUUGCUGAUAAUGAUUUAUUAAGACAUAAUUUAGUUGUAAUGAGAGGAGGAGAAAAUGCAUUAUAAACAUUACCUCCUUUACUUGAAAUCUUCCCUGAAGCAAAAUUAAAUCUGAUUAUCUACUAUUUAAAAAAUGAUGAAGUAUAAGAGGCUUUUAAUCUUGUUAAAGAUAUUUAACCUACUUCACCUAAAGAGUAUAUUCUAAAAGCUAUUGUAUAUGCUAUGAAAGGAUAAUCAAGUCCAGAUUAAAAAGAAGCAUUAAAAACUGCUUAAUAAUUAUUUUAAUUGGUAGGAUCAUCUGCUAGUGAAUGUGAUACUAUUCCAGGACGAUAAUGUAUGUCUUAAUGUUUCUUUUUAUGCAAAUAAUUUGAAGAUGUCUUAGUCUACCUUAAAUCAAUUAAGAACUAUUUUUCAAAUGAUGAUGAUUUCAAUUGGAAUUAUGGAAUUGCUUGUGCUGGAGUUGGAGAUUAUAAAGAAGCUGAAGAAGCACUCGUUGCUAUAUAAGCUGAAAAAUAUAGAGUAUUCAAUAUUAAAUAAAUAGUCUGAUGACUGCUAUUUAAAAUGGAUGACUAGAACUUUUAUCAUGAAUGGAAAACCUAAGUAUAUAUUGAUUUAAAUAAUUAAUAGAGAAGCUUGGGAAUUAUAUUUGAAUAUGGAUCCUUCUUCUGAGUCUUUCUAAAUUUUGCAAUUAAUAGCAAAUGAUUGUUAUAAAAUGGGUCAUUUUUAUUAUGCUGCUAGAGCUUUUGACAUUUUAGCAAGAUUAGAUUCAGAUCAUGAAUAUGAAGAUGCCCUUAAAGGAUCAGUUGUUGGAGUAUUUUAAAUGGUUAUUGCAUCUAAAGGCACUUUAGAUUAAUUACUUGAAGUCAUGAAUCUAUUAACAACACUUGGUGAAAAUCCUUAGGUAGAAUACAUCAUUACAAUUAUUAAAAAAUGGGGAAAGUAAAAUAACUGGAAAAUCUGAUCAAUU